AUGUCUUUAGAUCGAAUGAGAAAGAGUUUCCAAAUCAUUUUUGGAAUUGAUAAUUGUAAAGCAACAAGAGAACCAAUAAUUCAAGAGAGAAUUUAACAAGAAUUUGUUUUUGAUUCUAAAUUGAAUGAAUAAUAACAUUAAAACAAAUUUUCAAUGAUGAAUCAAUAAAGAAAGAGAUCUAAUUAAUAUUAUUAUGUUUUAGAUAGAUUAAGGUCAUUUUAACAAAAUAAAACUUAAUCUAAUGAAUAUGAAAAAAUUCCUGUCAUAACUUAUCUCAAAAAUAAUAUAGAAGUAAUUGGAUUAUUUCAAGUAAUAGAAAAAAGUAAAUUUGAAUAUCAAUCAUGCUAGAUGGAAUUAUUAAGAUCGUUUCCCUGAAAAUGACAGUUCCAAUAUUAGUUCAUCAUUUGGUGAAAAAUUAGUUCAAAAAAGUUCAUAAAUAAUAGCUAGUGUUAGUAAAUAAGACUUUAGACCUUAUUAUGCUUAAGAACAUAUAUAAGAUAAUAUGUAUAUCUAAUCUUAAUCAUAAUAAUACAAUCAAAAUAAAAUAUUGUAAUCAAAAAAGUAAUAAACCAUUUUUGGCGGAAAUAGAUCUAAAGUUAAUUUUCUUAGGGAAGAUAAAGAAUAAAGAUCAAAAAGUCAUAAAUCAGAAUCUAAUUUUUUAAAAUUAGGUGGAAUAUUAGAGGAUGAUUUUAUAUUACCUUCUUUUUUAAAAGAUGAAUCUAUUCAUUAUAAAGUAGUUCAAGAUAAUAUUCAUGAUAAAAAUAUUAGAGUAAAAGAGGUUAAAACUAAUAAUAAUAAAUUUUUAGAAUUAUAAUAAUAUAAUUUUUCAUCCUUUAAUAAAGAAAAUAAUCCCAAUAAUUUCUAAUUGAAAUUAAAUAGAUCAUUUUAAUAGAUUGGUUUCAAUAAAAUUAAUUGUUAAAUCAAUACUGAUGAUUUGAUAGAAAAAGAUUAACCAAAUAAAAAGCCAAUAACACAGAAAAAAUAAAAUAAAAUUAAGUUCUGUAAUGAAAAAAAUCCAUUUUUUAUUUCAAAUGAUGAGAAUCCUUAAUUUGAAUGCAGAUUUAAAUCUCCUUGGCAAAAUUCAAAUCUUAUAAAAGAUAAUUAUAAUGAAUGUGAAUCUAAUAAUAGUAAAUAAUUGGAUAAUCAAAAAAAAAAAUCAUCUGAUUCUAUUGAAUAAUAAGGUAAUAUUUCUUUUGGUAAUUGUGAUAUCAAUCUAUCUAAUGAUCAAUAAUUAAUUAAAAUUGAAAAUGAUUAAUAUAAAGAAAGGUAAAAUCUUUAAAGUUCAUUUAUUUUUGACAAUUAUGUAAAUCCAAAGUUUGAUUUUGAAAAUCAUUCUCCUUUAUCAAAAGAAAAAUCUAUAAAUAAAUAAAAAUAAUUAGAUUUUUCAGAACAAACUCCUGUAUUUAAAUAAUAAGAGGAAAACAAUUAAACUUUUUAUUAAAAUAAAAUUAAUAAAUUUUAAGGAGAAUAAAAAAUUAAUCCAAUAUCAAGAAAUAAUAUAUGUGUUAAAGAAUAAAUUUAAAAAAACCUUGCAUAUGA